CCGUCGGGCUGCCCAACUCGCCGAAUGUACCUCACAAAAUGCGCCGUCUGCGCCACCGAGCUUGGGCUAACCUUGGGCAAGAAAUGCGGCCGCUGCAGCACGCGCUACUGUGGGCAGGCCUGCCAGGAGCAGCACUGGAAGGACGGCGGGCACGACAAGCUCUGCAAGAAAAUAAAGAAAGCAGGCGGUGCCGAGCAGUACAACGCAAAUGAGAAAUACGCGGAGGCUGUAGCGGUCGCGGCGGAGGCGUGCGCGGACGACACCAAGGGCCAGACAUGCUAUAUUUGUAUGGAGGCCGUGCACUCACGCACAAGAGAAGGUCUCGUGCGUGGAUGCGCGUGUGGAGAUCGUGAUGGCGUCGCUUCCGGGAGGACGGGAAUCGCGCAUGUGUCGUGCUUAGCGGAACAGGCAAAGAUUUUGGUUGCAGAGGCCGAGGAGAACAAUUUGGAAUACAAGGUGAAGAGUAGGAGGUGGGAACGGUGGCACACCUGCAGCUUGUGUGAGCAAGAGUACCACGGCGUCGUGAAGUGCGCGCUCGGGUGGGCCUGCUGGAAAACGUACUUGGGUCGGCCUGAGAUGAACGAGACUCGGGGCAUGGCGAUGAACCUACUUGGGCGCGGUUUAUUUGCUGCAGAACAUCAUGCGGACGCGUUAUCCGUGAGUGAGGCCGAGUUGUCUUGGCUGCGGCGUCGUGGCGCAUCAGUGAACGACAUACUCAUCGUCCAGAGCAACAUUGCGAAUACCUAUGCAUAUCUAGGACGGCAUGAACAUGCCCUACAGUUGAAGCGAGAUGUAUACUCUGGCAGGUUGCGUCUCAAUGGCGAAAAACAUGAAGACACUCUUUUAGAAGCCAACAAUUACUCGACUGCCCUUACUCGUCUAGAUCGCUUCGAAGAAGCCAGGUCACUGCUGCGUAAAAUAAUACCCAUAGCGCGACGCGUCCUCGGCGAGAGCUCUGACCUCACAAUCAGGAUGAGGGCGAACUACGCGAUAGCGCUCUACAGAAACGAUAGCGCCACGCUCGACGAUCUCCGCGAGGCCGUGACGACGAUCGAGGAUACGGAACGGAUCGCACGACGCGUGUUCGGCGGCGCGCACCCGAUCGUGUCAAAUAUUGAGGCUUGCCUGCGAGACGGGCGACUCGCGCUCCGGCGGCUCCGCCUCCGCGAAACGGUCCGGGGCGACGUGAGCGCCCUCCGAGAUCUGAUGGCCGCGAUGCCGCCCCCAGGUAGUGCGUAA